AUGUCUGCUCAGGAGUUCUUCAACCGGUACGAGCAAUUGAAAGCCAUUGAGCAAACCAAAAAUCAUCUGAUAGAGGUUAGUAUCCUUGGCUCUGGAUUCCUACAUUGGCACCAUGCUUUACAACAAUUUUCAGUUGGCACGUUGAAUUCUAAUUCGACAUUCUUGCAGGAUUUACUAAAUAGAAUUACGGAGCUUGAAGAUGCUUAUCGACAAAAGCUACUCGACCAUGAUAGGGAAGCCAAAUUUAAUCGUGAAGUGCAAAUACACGAAAUGGAGCUUAUGGAACAGCUGACGAGGUUCAAAUCCGCCAUGGGCCAAGAGCCUUUUGUGAUUGCACUUAUAGAUGGCGAUGGCAUGAUAUUUCAGGAUUCACUGGUUCAGCAAGGAGAACAAGGUGGGAAAGAUGCCGCGAAUCAGCUCUGGUUAGCUAUCCGUGACUACACUUCCGAGACCUUCACCAACAUACACUCGCCCAAGAUCGUGGCAAGAAUAUAUGCGAAUGUCCGCGGUUUAGGUGAAACGCUCUUUAGAGCUGGAAUUAUUGAUAAGCCUUCUAUUUUAGAGGCUUUUGUUCGUGGAUUUAAUGGGGGCAGAUUGCUCUUUGAUUUUGUCGAUGUUGGGAGCGGUAAGGAUAGAGCAGACGAUAAAAUUGCAGGCUCAUAUAGAGUAACGAAGUUUGACAACCUAUUCCGAGAAUCAAAAAUAGUCACUUUACCUAGUCAUACAUGGGAGGGCUCUGGCACCACAGCAAACUCGUUUUCAUCAUCGAAUACGGGACUGUCAAAUACUCGAGCGGUGAGCAGAACUCCGCCUAAUUCCAACGGAACAGCCACUACUACUUCUGCUGCCUCAGCUACAUCUGGCAGCAGCGGUACCGCACCAACAACUUGGGCGUCAACGAUCGCUGCUAGCGCAAAUACAACAUUCAAAGAUUUAACCCCGUCCAAGCCAAGUACCCCAUCCCCACCUGUUAUUGAACGUAACAAAUACGGCCAGAGAGUCGAUCGAAUUGAUUUUAAAGCUGCACCCAAAGACGAAUUAAACCGUGUGAAGAAGUUGAAACUAUGCAAUUUAUAUUUCCUUCUGGGCGAUUGUCCCAACCCCAAUUGCUAUCAUACACACGACUACAAGCUUGGAAAACAAGAACGAAUUGUCUUACAAGUGGUGGCAAGGAUGACACCUUGCCAUUUCGGCACCGAAUGUGACGAUGCCACUUGUAUUUACGGUCACCGAUGUCCUCUCAGUGAGGUUGGCAAGAAGGAUUGCUAUUGGGGAUCAAACUGUCGGUUUGAUGCCGAUGCCCAUGGUGUUGAUACUAAUAUUGUUAAGCUUACCAAGGUUUGA